UAUUAUUCUACCGCGGUCAUAAGUUCAGAGGUGUCCUCUCGAGCGCGCUUAACGAGUGGCGAUUUCAGCAGCAUUAGACGGGAGCAUACACGCGCUUCAACAUCAACAGGCGAUCGGUGGCUGUUAUUAAGGAAUCGGAAUUCGAAUAGAUAAACAGUGGCGAGCGGUGGACACUAAUUGGAAAAGUGCUUCUAACGAGUGUAACCACAGAUCAAGUGAUUGUGACCAAGUGAAUAAGCAGUUUGGCAAACAAGUUUUUUUUCGCAAAUAUGAAGUUCUUGAUUGUCUUCACUUUCGCUAUCGUGGCAUGCAGUCUUGCCGCGCCACAGGAUGAAGUGCAAAUUGUGCAGUUUACAAACGAGAACACCGUAGAAGGAGGCUAUAACUUUGCGUACGAACAAUCCGACGGACAGAAACGCGAAGAAGCCGGCGUUCUGAAACCGGUUGAGGGUGCCGAAGUGCCAGCCAUUUCCGUCACCGGGUCGUACGAAUUCACGGACCCGACUGGACAGAAAUAUCGGGUGGACUACACUGCUGAUGAGCGUGGAUAUCGGCCUACGGUGACUAAGCUGUAAAAAGCGUUCUCAGCGAGUGGCAAUUAGCAAAGAUAGUACAACGGCAGCGGAACCGGGUUCAAGUGGACAACACCCAAAUAAAGUGUCUUCAUAAUUAGAAAUAGAAAUGUGUUUCAAAUGAAUGGAAUUGUUCCAGCACAUUGAUUCUAUAUUUAUAAGUUUAAUUGAACUGGAAUUUAUAUACCUACUUCAUUUUGUAAAUCGUUUACUUUUUAUUCCAUGUUUCAUGAAACGAAUGAAAAAUAAAAAAGCACAUUUUUUAUAA